CCAACUUGGAGAUUUUUCCCCCACACAACCCUUUGGUUAAUGUAAAACGUCAUUUUACACUAAAGAACUCAGCGAAACUAAGAAAUUAAAAUAUCUAUAAAAAAAAUAAAGCCUAAUUUUUUUUUUCUUUUCCUUCUUCACUAAAAAAACACAAACACACACACACACACAAAAAAAAAGAUGUCUAUUGUAUUUCCUACGGGACAAAUUACACUUGAUAACCGUAAGCCGGGCCAUGCCGGUACCUUAACCGCAGACCAAGUCAAGUCUUUAAAGAGUCUUUGGGUACGUCUUUUAGACUUAUUCGCACAAGCAGGCGACACCAUCCACUUACCCGACCAUAGCCACGACCGACCGGUCAAGAAGGGAGGUUUUUUAGGUUUUGGAGGUAAACCACAGGAAGCCCCACACGAUUAUUUUAUUGGCGCUACAUCCGAUCCUCGAUGGACGACAUUGCCUCUCGAGAAGGCUUUGCCCUUAAUUCCUGGCGCAUUGUUACAUGAGGCCUUUUGGGGUUUGGUCGCUACCGAUAACCCGGAUUCAACACUGCUGCGUUUUCUUCGUGCUCGUAAAUGGGAUUUAGACGCCUCUUACAAUAUGUUGGUCAAUACAUUGCGUUGGCGACUCGAAGUGAGAACCAACGAAAUUGUCUCGUUGGGAGAAACUGGAUUAAUUGAGGAAUUAGAGAAAGCGAAACCUGGUUUGGGAAUCUCGUUCAAGGACAAACUGGAUUCCAAGAUGGUGGUCUUGGGUGGGCCUGAUAAAAGUGCUCGUGGUUGCUGUUUUGUCAAUGUCCAGGUUCACCAUAAAGACGACCAACCUCUCGAGAUUAUGAAACUGAUCACAAUUUAUAUCAUGGAAACUUCUCGUGUCAUUUGUAAUUAUCCCAUGGAUACAGUUUGCAUUGUAUUUAAUUUAGAAAACUUUACUUUAUCCAAUAUGGAUUUUGAGGCAGUCAAAUUUUUAGUCGAAUGUUUCCAAGCUUAUUACCCAGAAACAUUAGGGCUUGCCUGUGUGCACAAGGCACCAUGGGUAUUUUCUACUAUUUGGAGUCUGAUCACACCCCUUUUGGACCCUGUUGUGGCUAGUAAGAUUGUAUUCACCAAAAACUUGGAUGAUUUAAAGAAAUAUAUCGACGCUGAGGGUUUACCUGUGAUUAUCACAGGAGACAAGACAAAGCCUUCUCUCGAUGAUCUUGCACCUCCUCGACCUCCCCAAGCUGGACCAAAAUGUGUUCCUGCGGACACACCCGUUAUUCGACUCUAUUGGGAGACUGUCAACGUCUACGAAAUUGAUACGAAGCAAUGGUGCGCUGUGCCUGAAUUUGGAGGUGAUGCUGAUGCGUUGGCCCGUUUGAGAUUGGCUCAACAAUACCGCAUUGCUAGAAUUAAGGCCGAGAAGGUGCUUCGGGGUGAAACGAGUUAUCAUACAAAGGGAUUAGUGUCUAUUGAUGAAAAUGAUAGAUUGAUUAUUAAUUAUAAUACGGGUAGUUGGGUUAAAAAGGAUAUUACCGAGUGGGUCUAACGAGUUAUUGAACCUUCGUGUGUGUAUAUAUGUAUACCAUUUUCAUCAUCUCCUAAAUAAACAAAAAGACAUCUAAUAUAUAGAUCUUGAGAAAUUAAAAAA